AUGCUUGAAAAACAUGAAGUUCAAUUUUAUAUUGCUGAAAUAGCUCUUGCACUCCAUUAUUUACACCGACGAGAUGUUAUACAUCAAGAUUUAAAACCAGAUAAUGUAUUGAUAUUAGCAACAGGACAUAUUAAGUUAACUGAUCUUGGAUUAUCCAAAAUUCGAAAUAGACGAAAAGUGUCAGUCACCGAUGUUAUUCGUACACCAUCUGUAUCUAAAGUACGUGCUUUUCGAAAACCUGGUCAAAUUAUGUCAUGGAUAUCUGACUUUAGUUUUUCUUCUAGUGAAUCAGAUUCAGAUCUAUUUCAUAAAUCUACAUCAAUAGAAAAUAUUUAUUCAAACAAUAAUUCUCAUCUUUCAAUAGCAUUCUCACAUAUAACUGAUUGUAGUUUACGUAUCUAUCAACAAAUUAUACCUGAGUGUAUUCCUGAAAAUGAACCAUUAUCAUUUGGAGAUGAUGACUUUACGGAUCAUGAAGAUGUAAAUACAACUAAUACAUAUCGAUUUUCUCUUCUCUAG